GCAACGCGCACUGUCCGGUGCCCCCGAAUUUCAAUCGCAACAUCGCGCUCAGGUUUAUUCUAAAAACAGCAGCAGCAGCAGCAGAAAAUGCAGCAGCAGCAAAUGCAGCAGCAGCAAAUGAAACAGCAAAUGAAGCAGCAAAUGCAGCAGCAAAUGCAACAACAGAUGCAGCAGCAGAUGCAACAGCAGAUGCAGCAGCAGAAGAUGCAGCAGCAGAUGCAGCAGCAGAAUAUGCAGCAGCAUGUUCAGCAGCAGAUGCAACAGCAGAUGCAGCAGCAGGUGCAGCAGCAGGUGCAGCAGCAGGUGCAGCAGCAGAUGCAGCAGCAGGUGCAGCAGCUUGCCCGCCAGAAGUCGGAGUCCUCGCCUGUUACAAUCAACCACCAGCAGCAGCACCAGCAGCAGCAGCAGCAGCAGCAGCAGCAGGUGUAGGAGCAGGUGCACCAGCAGAAGCGGCAGCAGGUGUAGGAGCAGGUGCACCAGCAGCAGCAGCAGCAGGUGUAGGAGCAGGUGCAGCAGCAGAAGCGGCAGCGGGUGUAGGAGCAGGUGCGGCAGCAGAAGCAGGUGUAGGAGCAGGUGCAGCAGCAGAAGCAGGUGUAGGAGCAGGUGCAGCAGCAGCAGCAGGUGUAGGAGCAGAUGCAGCAGCAACAGCAGCAGCAGGCGUAGUAGCAGGUGUAGGGGCAGGUGCAGCAGCAGCAGCAGGUGUAGGAGCAGUAGCAGGUUUAGUAGCAGGUGCAGCAGCAGCAGGCACAGUAGCAGCAGCAGGCACAGUAGCAGCAGCAGCAGGCGCAGCAGCAGCAGCAGCACGAGCAGCAGCAAGAACAGCAACAGCAGCAGCAGCAAGAGCAGCAGCAGCAGCAGCAGCAAGAGCAGCAGCAGCAGCAGCAAUACCGUGGCUAUUGCAACUACUGCGGCGGUUGUCCCAGCAGCUGCAGCCGCAGCAGCUGCUGCAGCUGCAGCAGCUGCUGCGGUGUAUUUGGAUCCCAGGGAGCAGCAGCAGCAGCAGCCUCGCCUCUCUCUGCUGCCGGGGGCCCCUGCUGGAGCAGCAGCAGCAGCAGCAGCAGCAGCAGCAGCAGCAGCAGCAGAAGCUGUUGCUACCUGUGUUCCACGACGGUGUUAAGCAGUGGCCCUGCUGCGGCCAGGAGGCCUGGGACUGGGAUGCAUUUAUGAAGCUUGAAGGUACUAGCAGCAGCAGCAGCAGCAGCAGCAGCAGUAGUAGUAGUAGUAGUAGGAGCAGCAGCAGCAGCAGCCGUAGGAGCAGCAGCAGCAGCCGUAGGAGCAGCAGCAGCUGCGCUGUGGGGCCCCACAGCGAUGCCCCUCCUCAGCAGCCGUCACCUGCUGCUGCUGCAGCUGCAGCAGCUGCUGCAGCAACUCCCAAGCCAGUAGCAGCAGCAGCACCAGCGGAGGCCCCGCGCAGCAUAGAGGAGUUUAACAGGCAGCAGCAACAGAAGCAGCAAGAGCAACAGCAGCAGCAGCAACAGCAACAGCAGCAAGCGAGCGAAAGCACUCAGAAACAGCAGCAGCAGCAGCUGCUGCUGCAGCUACAGUCGCUGCAGCAGCAGAAGCAGCAGCAGCUUCAGCUCCAGCCGAUGCAGGAGGAGCAGCAGCACCACCAUCAGCAGCAAGAUUCGUUGCAGCAGCAGCAGCAGAAGUACAACAAAAGCUCUAGUGGCUGCAGCAGCACCAGCAGCAGCAGCAGAUGGGGUGGCUGUUUGUGUUGCAGGCCCGCAUGCUCCCAAGAUGGUUGCUCCCCAGUGAAGGCAGCAUCUGAGCAGCAGAUGCUGCUGCUGCUGCUGCAUCGGCAGCAGCAGCAGCAGCAGCAGCAGCAGCAGGAGCAGGAGCUGUCGCUGCAGCAGCACUCGUUCCCUGCUGCUGCUGCAGCAAUGAUUUUGAAGUAG